UUAGACGUACAUGAGAUAUCUCUAGUAGAGGACAUCAAUCAUGCUGCACAUGAAGAAGCCAAGAUAAGUUCCUCAACACAAAGGCUUGGACUCCUGGGAACACUACUCAAGCAACCCACGAAUAAAGAUCUACCUGGCACCCCAUACGUGAUUGGUCUGACCGGCGGCAUAGCCAGCGGGAAGUCUUCAGUAUGUAGACGGCUGGAGGGGCUCGGUGCUGCAGUGAUUGACUGUGAUAAGCUGGGGCACAAGGCCUACCUACCAGGCACGCAGGGAUUCAGGAGAGUGCUGACUGAGUUGGGACAAGUUAAUUGUCUGGAUGUAUCCAGCUGAGGGGCCUACUGUAUCCUGGAAAAAGUUCUUGCAGAUAGAAAUGGUGGACAACAUCCAGCUUCUUUGUGAUCCAAGCAACAAAGAAAAUCAUCUGU